CACUUUCUUCCUCGUGCGACCGCAGUGCCAUCUGUUGGCGAGAAGAACAACCAGUGCGUGUGGCCCGAGUGAAGAUGAGUUCCAGACCCGACAUCAACCGCCGCAUUGCGACGAUCGCCAAGAAGAAGAGGGCGAAAAAGGCGAAACCCAACAGGCCUCAGGCACCCAAGGCUCGAGAGGGCAAUGACAACAAUUCCGCAAGAGGAAGCUCUGCGCACUUCGUUCAAGACGAAGUAGGGGAGCCACGUAGGUUCAGAAAUGAGCAAGAGGCCUACAUAAUGGACGGAAAUGGGGAAGCUUGGAGGGGUCUUCAGGGAAGCCCCUUUGUCAGUAGCAACACUUGUCCGAGCCAGACCUUCGAGGAGAGGCCGUUGGUCGUGGGCAAACAGAGUCAGGGCCUCCCCGACAAUAACAUUAAAAACCUAAGACCACCCGAGGCCGCGAACGGGUUGAAACAAGUGCCCGCGAACAGGGUCAGCCAGAAGAAAGACGAGGCGCCCGCGACGCCGAUGCAGGAUAAGCAGGUGUUGUCGGACGGCCGCGAUCAGACCCAGGCGCCGGUCGUGAAGAAAAAGAAGAAAAACAAAUCGAAGAACAAAAAUAGCCAAAACGCGGCGGCGGAAGACAAGGGCGGCCUUAAUCCGACCCCGCCCGGGAAAUCCAAUCAGAGCAAGGCGCCCGCGACCCCGACCAAUGAAAACCAAGUCAUUUCGAACGCCGGUGACCAAAAUCAGGCGCCCGCGACCAAGAAGAAAAGGAAGAGGGCGUCAAAGAAUAAAAAUAAUCCAAGCCAAGUUCUGAAUGAAAGCACCAAUCAGAUGGCAGCCGUCGAGUGCAAAAACAAUCAAAACGAAAUUCCAGGUGUUAAAGCUAACAACAACAAAGCCCCUGGAAAUAAAAAUAAUAAAAUUAUUAGCGAAGGUGGCGAAAAUAAUCAGAAUCAGGCCCCCGGAGGCAAGAAGAAACAAGAUCAGGUCUCGGGCGACAAAACCAAUCAGAGUCAGGCCUCGAAAAAUAAGAAAAACAAAAAGGGAAAGCCUGCGGUCUUGACCAGCAACCAACCGCCCGCCCAAGCCCCUCCGCAAGUGCAAGAACAGACUCCCUUGAUAAUGAAUCACCAAGCACAGAUCCCUGUAAUUACGAACAGCCAAGGGCAAGUUCCAUUUAUUACGAAUAGCCUGGGGCAAGAACAAUUCCUCUCUUAUAAAGAGACCCAAGCAGAGCUCCCCAUUGUUAAUGGUCUCCCCGAGCACGCCCCUCUGCCCCAGGGUAUCCCAGUGAACAGCCCUUUUUCUCUCCCAAAUCACUUGAAGACGCCCGCCCCCGUGGCCGCG